UGUGUGUGUGUGUGUACCUUUUUGUGUAGAAACUCUCUAAAAAUCCAGCAAAAACAUAUAUAUAGUUGGAGAAAAGAGAUUCGUCUAACCUUCUUCUUUACUAUUAUUAUUUCAAGGAUGGAACAGGAUUCUUGGACAACGAAAAAAGAGGGCGUGUUUGUCAUCACGUGCACUUCUACUCUUGUUGUCGCUGGCAGAUAUACCUACCUCUGUUUGUUAAGAAUUUCUCGAUGAUAUCGAGUAUGAUGAGUCCCGGUGAGACCCAACUAGACUCGCUACGCGAGAAGUCUCGAGGCAAAUUCAAGGAGUUUAUCUGGGACCAACUGACCGUGUUUGCAGCCUACACACUAGCCGUCUUCGGUCUGCUUGCAGCCGGCGAGCAGUUCCUAAAAUACUCGGACGCUCACUGUUUUGUCUUCACGAAUUUCAACAGAGAUCAGGCGGCCUUCGUCAACUCCUACUGCACUCGUCGAGUGAGAAAGAUGGAACAGUUAUCUCUAUUGUUUUUUUUGGAAACUCUUUUUGUCGGAGGACCACACGUGCUCUGGCACAGAUUCGCCUCGUCGGCUCUCGAUCAGUUCUUUUCCAUGGCUCCAGAGAUACAACGGUACAGAAUUCGAGAGACGGGUCGGUUUGAUGUCGAUUCGAUCGAGAUCGUUCAGCGUCUGCAGUCUCAUUUCGGUCGAAGGCAGAGGCUUAAGAUGUCUUACUGCAUCAAGCUGUCGAUCCAGUUGGUUGUAGCACUGGCUUUUGUAGCCUUCUCAGCGGUCUACUAUACUCCAGACGACUUUAAGAGUUCGUUCGACUGUAGUAUCGAGAAGGAACUGAUCUGUUCUUGGCUCAUCGAAUCGUGGGCAAGUUUUCACUGCGACCGAUCUCUGAUCAACACUUCUUCGAUCACAUCACAUUACCUAGAUGGCAAGGUCAUGUUUACAUUUCCAUGUACCUACACUGAAGCACUGCUGCUUGAGCCUUUGUGGAUUUGCAGCUUUAUUGUACUUGCGCUUGCAGUUAUCGUCAGCCUCUAUGGUUUGUACUGGUACAAGACGCCUCACUGGCAGCAGUUAGACUACGAGGGUAAGGCCGUGUUUCUUUACUCUUUCUGCAUUCGUCGAGGCUUGCCUUACAAACCAAUGCAAAAAUGGAUCCAAGAGCACACCAAGAUUGCUAACGAUCUCGAUCUGUUGGUCAUGAUGUUGUGCAGAUACGAUAAAGGCCACGGGAAAACAUUUUACGAAAUUCAGGUGGAAAAUAGGCUUGAAGAAAUGUGGUCAAGAGACUUUGAAAGUUAUGGAGCAUUCAUUAAUGAUCUGGUAGACACACAAUCCACUGGAAGCAGAGACGACGUGUCAGGUGUACCUGACAAGGUUCAGUUGUCCGAUUUUCCUACCGCAUUUGCUUCACUAGCAAAAAGAAGGCUCAAACCAGGAAACCGAUCAGAAAAGUGUUUUAAGCUUGGGUUACAUUUGUUUUGUGGAAGUGGAGGAGCAAGUCUGAACCUCGCCAAAUAUUGUAAUAAUCUUGCAGCUGUCGACUUUGACUGCUACUUCAGGCCGCUGGAAAAGAGAGAACAUCGUAAGAAGACUGCUGCCGCCCAGAAGAGAGAAGAUAAUGAUCAGGAUAGCGAGCACAACUCAGAACGACGAGGAAGACACAGAAAGAGCAUCAAUGCCGUUCACACGGGUCCCGAUGAUCGAUUUAUAGACCCGGACUGUCUUUUCAGAGAUGAUCUAAGAAACAUUCAAGUGUAUUGCGUGCCCGACACCAUAAUGGGAAAGAGCCCUUCUAAAGCCAAUGAGCUCUUGAUUCCUCUGCGGUACAAGCCUGGUUCAAGAAACUGGAGCACAGCCAAUGCAGCAUCGUAUGAUCUGGUUGUUGUGAGUCGUCUCGAGCCUCCUCGAAGAACAACUGCUAUCAAGAAUGUGCUACGGAACCUACAAGGCAAGCUGAAUGCAGACUGUCUUCUCGUUCUUUGCACAGCAGUUUCCAACUCAAGCAACACAGCUGCUGAUGACAUAGAACACAUGCAACAAGAUGAAACAGAUGACAUGGAUGAGUUGCACAAUAUGGCCAUUAAUGACCUAAAAUUCCGUCGAUCUCAUACACAAAUUGUUGCAAUGUCCAGUUCAAGAGCAUUGACUGAUGGAGAAACCAAAGAAACAGACCGACUUACUUUCGCAUGCAAGAGUAGUCAAAUGGUUGUGAGAAUGCGUAUGUACAACAAGGACAAAAACGACUAUGCAACCAAAGUCUGAUUACAAACCAUGCAGUGACAAAUUUGAUCAGGUGACUUGCUGUUGAUAGAAACUGUGACUGUGCUGACUAACUCUUACUAGCAAGCAUGUUGUGGUCUUACACAAGCAUAUUGUAGCUAUAUAAUAACUUUUCGAAUGAGCAGCGGUUCUCAUCAACAACGUUAGAUCAAAUGUUAUGAGUGGAAAGCGUUUUGUCCACAACUUGUGUGCAAACUUAGUAUAAUUGGCAACAUUUUGAGAUAA